UGUUUUGUAUGGGUCACUACAAUCGAGCUCAGUAAUUUUUAAAAUCCAGCGUUGGAAGUGAAUAUGUUAUUUUCUCUAUUUACGUAGUAGAAAAAAUUCAAAACUACGAAUAAGUAACAGAUCUUGUUCGGAGGUACGAAGAAGCUAGAAACACAAUAUCAAGUACGAUUGGGUAAUCGCCGGCAAUUCUAACCAGGCAGGGAAAUGGGGAAACAUCUCUUGUCGCAGUCUACCGUUAUAUGAGAGUCUCGUAAAAAGCUUAAAUUUGUUAAUGUAAGUUGAGUAAUAAUGAUAUAAUGUGGCUUUUUACAUUUUCUAGGAACUGAAACCGACUUCUUUGCUGGGUUCCGUGCUUGUAAAUGCUUGAAAGGAUUUUAUCGAACCCAUAUGUUUGAAAAAUGCCACAAAUGUGGACAAGGAGGACUUGGAUGUAAAGAUGAUUAUGCCUUUUUGAAAUCUGGUUAUUGGUGGGAAUGGCGGAACGAGACAUACAAAGAUCGUUACAAAUAUUUUAUUAAAAAUCUGUUGGCAUCUUCACCAGCAUUAGACGAUUUUAGCAUACAGUACCCUUUUCCCAUACCAACGUCUUAUAAGUGCCCAAUAGAAGGGUCUUGCAAAGGUGGUUUGGAUUCCCCUUGUGACAAAGGGUAUGAAGGCCCACUCUGUGGAGUUUGUAGCUCUGGACACUAUAAGCAAUUGCAAACGUGCAAAGAAUGUCCGUCUAAGAAGUGGAUGGUGGGACAAUUGUCACUUAUUGCUUCCAGUUUUUUGAUAAUCGUGGCAGUUAUAGUGUGGACAAGCAAGAAAAAGGUUAGAAAGACCGAAGGACGCUCUCUUCUUGACACGUUCUUUUCCAAACUGAAGAUCGUGAUUGGCUUUUAUCAAGUCACUUAUGGAUUACUGGAAACGUUCUCGUACAUAAAAUGGCCAGAUUCUCUGCAAGUCAUCGGCAAGUACUCAGAAAUUCUUCAGAUGAAUGUUCUUCAAGUGGCACCUAUUGACUGCCUUAAUCCAGGAUUGCACGUGGAUGCCUUUGGAAACCUAUUUACGACAAUGGCAGUUAAUGCCGCCCUUAUUGGUAUUUCGGGAGUCGCUUACGGAGUUUUCAAAGUCUUCUUACGAAAUUCACGCUUAGAGGAAGAAGAAAGGUUAAGAAAAUUGUCCCAGACCAAGGAACUUAUUUACAAGAAUUUGUUUUUCUUUCUUUACGUAACUUACCUGAGCACAUGUUCAAAGACAGCUAAUGUUCUGCCACUAACAUGCCGCAAAAUAUGUCGAGAUGACGAAGAAGAGGCGUGCCUCAGUUACUUGAAAGCUGAUUACCGCGUACAGUGCGCAAUGACAAGAUACAACCAGUUGCUUAUUGCGGCGUACAUUUCUGUUGCCUACGUCAUUGCCCUCCCUGCCGCUUCAUUCCUCGCCCUCUGGAGACAACGAAGAAUGAUUGCAGCCCCAAAUGAGACCGAUGCAUCACAGGAUUCAGACUCUAACAUGGAGACAAUUACCGCACUACGGUUUCUUUUUGAAAAUUAUAAACCUCGUUUGUGGUAUUGGGAACUGGUGGAGAUGUCUCGUAAAGUAAUCCUUACAUCUGGCUUGAUUCUUGUGGGACAGGAGAGCAGGUCCUACAUUGGCUUGGCAUGGGUCAUGGCCGGGAUGUAUGGAAUGCUCUUCUCUUGGAACAGACCCAUACAAGACGUGGCCGAGAACAGAAUGAUGGCUACAUCCCUUGCCGUUACAGUCGUCAACUUGGGAAUUGGAGCUGUCAGUAGAAUUCCCGCAGAGAACAUUUCCACCUCUAGUGACGCGUAUGUAGAUGCCGUCUUGUUCAAGAUAUUGGUACUUGGAGCAAAUACCUUAGUGAUCGGCCAAGUUAUUGCUCAGUACUCCACCCACCUAUAUAGUUACCUCAUUGAGUGGAGGAAAAACCCACAGUGGUCCUUUGCUUGCUGCUUGGCUUUGGUUCUCCCACUAACUGAUUUACAAGGAGAAAUCAGCGGCAUGAUGGGUACGAAUGUUCUCGAUAAUCAACUACAAACAGGACAGACAGAUAUGCCCACCAUUAUCGAUGCAGUGAAAGACAGUGGCGCUAUGGAUGUUAACUUGGAAGACGGUGGACAAGGCGAUGGUAACAUAAUCGUCGCGCUGCAUGAUGGGAGAUGUCAAAAUUUCAAGUUGAAAAACAAAACAUCUAAUCAUGGGACACAAACAGAGCUAUUUGCAUUUUGGAAAUCCUAG